ACAGUUAUUCUUCUCUCACACUUCUCCCACACUUCUCCCACAAACACAGAAAAACACAAGACAACACAACACAGAAGACACAACCUAUUCUUUCUUUCCAGGUCACAAAUUUUUCUCACUUUUUCGGUUCUUCCCCUUCUUUUUCCACCUUUCUCAUCAACUCCCUCAAACCCUAAUUCUAACAUGAAUGGGUACAAAGAAGACACCUCCUUUUGCUAUUUCCACCCCAAAGAGCUGGUUGUGGGGGUCUGCUCCCUCUGCCUGACUGAGAGGCUUCUAAUCUUGGCUUCCAAAAAAGGCCACCACCACCACCGCCACCAUGUCUCAUCCGUCGGAAGCGGCAGUGCCCAUAAAAACCCAAAUGGUAUGCACAAGAAGGCACCCAUUAGCCUCCCCAAGAUCUUUGCUUUCAGCUCUCUCCUCAAUCGGCAGGGGAAACCAGACGACGGCCCAGAUCAAGAGGCUUCCACCAGCCAAGAAGACUCAUUCAUAUCAAUCAAGUUUGAAGACAAUGGAGUGGCCUCAUGGGAAAAGAACAAAGUGUCUAAGGUCUCUCUAGAUCAUUGCAACAUGUCCUGGAAUCACAACCUGAGCAAGGAAGCCAAGGAAACAAAGGAGGCAAAGGAUAGCAAGAGCGUGAUAGAGCACGGGAAAUCCCACAUCCCGCUCAGGUGGCGGAAGAGGAUUGGUCACUUGGCCCAGCUCAUCAGAUGGAAGAGGUCGAACAAGGGCAGUGUGUGUCAUGUCGGCAACAAGGCGGAGGGAGUCAAGGUAAGGAAGGGUUGGAUAAGAAACCUGACAAAGAGGAGAGGGGCCAUGGAAUAAUGGGGGUUUGUUUGUGCAGAAAGUGACACAGGUCUUUGCCUCCACCAUGCUCAUUUGUGGGUAGAAGCUCCAAUCCAUAAAGUACAAAACCCUAAGAAAGUGCUAUUGUUAUCUGGACUUCAACUCUUUGGGGCUUCUUUUUUCUUUUGGUUUUCUUUCAUUUCUUCAAAGGAGUACAGGCUGUAAAAGGAGGGAUCUUGGUGCUUUGGUUUCACACUGUUAUAGAAAAAGAUGAAAUUUAAUUUUGUAAAAGUUCAACUUCCAUUACCAAACAUUUUGUAAAGCAAGACCCAUGUUAGGUUCACAAAGUGGGAAACAAUGGAGCAGAGGGCCCAUUCUUCUGCAUCUGGAACUUGUCGAAUACUUGUCUUGAUGCCUUAGUAUCAUCUUGUUCCCUCCAUUAAAGAACUAAAGAUGGAAGUUGUUUUUUUGUACAA